GCAUUUUUUUAAAUCUUCGCUUCUUUUGCGGCUGAAGAUACCGGGUAGAACUCUUGCAGAAACCAUGUCAGAUUUAACGAUCAAUGUAGAAUUCAGUGGUGGCAUGGAGCUACUUUUUGACAAUGUCCGUCAACACAAAAUUACACUUCCUGCACAGUCCAAACUCGAUACCUCAAAACCUGCCACACUGCGUGAUCUGAUCUUUUAUAUUCGAGAUAACAUGAUGACCGAGAAAAAGGACCUUUUCGUCGAAAAGGAUACAGUACGACCAGGCAUCUUGGUUCUGAUCAACAAUGUGGAUUGGGAAUUAUGUGACGAACUCGAUUACGAAUUGGAGGAUAAGGAUGAGAUUGUAUUUAUUAGCACACUGCACGGUGGAUAAAAAGAAACUAUUUAUUAUGAAAACGUUUGGAUGUAUGUACAUUUAAUAUUUUACAGCCGUAAAGGCAAUACUGGCCACAAGACUGCUUGACCUUCUCGACACGCAUCUAAGUAUGCUGAAUUAAGCAAAUGUUCUUGUAUUCGAACGUGUUCCGAUGAAGAAGAUGUUGCUGCGGUACGGGU